CUGCAAAAUUUAGGAGGAUGUCUGGCAUAUUCUUGACGCGAAAGGAGAGAGAGAAAGUGUCGAAGCAGAGGUUGAGUUCUCGACUUUAUCGUCGAAAACUCUGCACUGCAAAGCAAAAAACGUUGCUGGAUCAAAUUUCACUUCGUUGACGUUUAACGUAAAGAAACCAGGUGAUCCACCACAAGACAUCCAGGUGCUUGCUAUUGAUGCGCGUGAUGUGGUGAUCGCGUGGAAAGCACCUAGGCAUCCGAAUAUGAAAGUCAAAGUGAUUAAGCUUACAUUAGUUGGUUGUCUCCAAAAUUUUUUUGUCACUUUGACGCUUCCAACCGAGCAGCUGAAGCCGUCGCACAUCUACUAUGUACGAGUACGAGCGUUUAAUGAAGCUGGCUCGGGGCCUUUUUCGGAUCCGAUUCACUUUAUCACGCCGAAUGGAGGCCCAGAAAAUGCCCCUACAAGCGUAACUGUGGACAUAAACGAGGCCAACAUUGCUGUGAUACGAUGGCAAAGGCCGACCUCGUCCACAGAAAUAUUGGUUGGUGAUAAUUAUGUGAUCUACUUUACAAGGGACUUAGGAAUCUCCAACGAAGGCUAUCGUGAAUGGCAGACGGUUGAAGUUCCGGCAACACAAACACACUACACGUUCGAUCAUCAAAUUGGCUUAAAGCCAAAGACAUUCUAUCGAUUGAGAGUCGGUGCGAAAAACGACAUUGCUGAUGGACCCGUCAGCGAAACGAUAGAGUUCGAAACUGCCUAUUCCGAGCUUCCAAUUCCAACAGACAUCAAGGUAAAAGUAAACGAGGACAAUUCAUUGACUAUCACGUUCUCAGCGGUUCGAGAUCCCGACGAUCACUCGAACGUCAUUGAGCAUUACAAGAUCGAACUUGCUCAAUCGGAUGACGUCUUGACUGCACAUUGGUUCCCAGUGAAUACUAAAACGAUCGCCGUCGAUCAUGUUACUUCAAAGGUUACCAUAGAGAUUGACAGUUCAACCCUGGCUCCCAGCAGCAUGUACUGGAUGAAAAUCACUGCAUCACUGGACAAUCCGACUCGUUUCGUGCAGUGUCACUUCUUUCCUAAGCUGAUGUAUAGUUUAGAACACAAAACUCGUGUGAAAAUCGAAGGAGCUCCGUUAGUGGAAAGAGAACCAAAUCUGUUCGAAGAACUGCAACUGGUGUGUCGUGCUGAAGGUAGCCCCGCUCCAGUGCUCGUUUGGUACUGGAACGACAACAAAAUUCAGUCUGAAUCGCAGGGAUGGUCAGUACGAGAAGAGCACAGCGAUCGGAAAACAGUGUUAGUAUCUGUGCUCACGCGAAACAGCGUGCGUGAAUCAGGACGUGCAGUGUGCAUCGCAACGAACGACGACAGUAGUGCUACAGCUGAGAUUGAGGUGCGAGUACUUGGUCCUGGAAGCGCUCCACGAAAUAUGAAGGCUAUAGGUUGGCGGAAUCAAAUCAACAUUUCCUGGAUCGAGCCGCUAUUUCCGAACGGUGCCAUUAUGAAAUACAUUGUCUAUUAUGCUACACGCAACGCAAUAGAUCUUUCCGAAUGGGAGAAAGUUGAAACUGAGACGACUAAGAUUGACGUCGAGGCUACAUCGCCGGAAACACUCUAUCUAGUCAGGGUUCAGGCUGCUACUGUUGAUGGGCCAGGCAUCAUUUCCGAACCGGUCGAAUGUUAUAGUGACACGUAUUAUGAGCCCAUCGUUCUGAGUCUCUUUUCUACGAAUGUCGUCGAUUUCGAAGCUGAGCCAAAUCAAACGGUGACCAUAAGAUGUAGCGCUCAGGGGCAACCAACUCCACGUCUGUUCUACGCCUGGGAAAAUGAUGCGGAAAUCGAGGUCACAGAUCUGUUGGUGAGCACCAGCACACAUCAUGUCAGUGCAGAAUUUCGACGAAGCGCGUUCAAAAACGACAGUGUAACUUGUCGAGCUGAGAACAAACACGAAAACGUGAACAUCACCCGGAAGCUGAUCAUUCGCAAACCAGGCGAUGCUCCAUCGAACGUAACGUGGAUGUUUGACAAAAACGACAGCCUCUUCAUAAACUGGAACCGAGUGCGGUACCCAAAUGGCAAUGUGACCUACGUUUUGUACCUUUCUAAUUUCGUGGAUCGUGUUCCGGGACCACCAAUCCGAAUACCUAAAGUUCCAUAUGAUGUAAAUGUGACACUACAAAUUUCCGCAGAAAAUGAGUGGGGUGAAGGACAGAAGUCACCUCCGAUAACUUUCCUCACGCCAAAUGGAGGACCGAAAGAUGUGCCAUCGAUAACGGCAUUACAAUCAAAAGAUGGUAAAGUGACGGUAACGUGGCAGACUCCGACGAUGCCAAACGGGAAGAUCAAGCAUUACACUAUCUACUUCAAAAAAAGUGAAGAGAGCGACGAACAGCCGUGGCAAUAUGUGGAAGUGAAUGCGAAUCGAACACAAUUCAUCAUCGAUAGUCUGAUAGGAUUGCAAGAAAAUGCAAAGUACAAACUGAAAAUCUCAGCCACCAAUGAACGCCAUGAAGGACCGACUUCAGAGGUAGUAUAA